UAAAUAUGUUACAUGCUUGAUAUUAGAUAUCUCAAGUCUCUUUAGAGAUGGCAAUUUUUCUAGUGGCGGACGACUUGAACAAUUUUUGCAGUCAACAAUCACCACAUGACAUAGUAACAAUAUUCCAAGUUCAACACCUGCAAAUCUCGGAGCUUGCAUAUGGAUUUAGGAAGAGUAACAUUUCAGAAUAUGAAGCGGAAGGAGUUGGCCAGCAUACGAAUGGCGAUGUUGACUGUCUAGAGCUACUAGAUAAGACUUCAACGAUCUGGCUUGAUGCAAUUGCUUUGAAUUGUUUUUCUCAAAGAAGUCUUGCCAAUAUAUGGAGAUAUGGCGGGUCCUUCUUGGGACACUAGUUUUACCAUUGUCAUUUGUUAUGCAACAGACUUCUUGUGUAACGGAUUGAGCAAGAUCAUGAAU